CCUCACACAGCGUCUCUCCGCGGCCAUGGUAACAGUCUCCUCAAUUCUGGACCUUUUAUUCAGAAUAACAACAUAAACAAGUACUUUUCAUGCCUAACUAUUAAUCAGCAUGGAUUUGGCAGAGAUUUGUGACAAUGCCAAGAAGGGCCGUGAGUAUGCUUUGCUGGGGAACUAUGAUUCCUCCACCGUGUACUACCAGGGUGUCAUUCAACAGAUCCACAAGCACUGUCAGUCCUUUAGAGACCCUGCACUUAAAGUCAGAUGGCAAAAGGUCAGGCAGGAGCUGAUUGAGGAGUAUGAGCAGGUGAAAGGCAUCAUGAGAACACUCGAGAGCUUUAGGUCAGUGAAGCCAGGUGACAUCUUUGUCACUCAGUCAGGUGACAGACCUGAGAAUCCGGCAGUCUGGCCCCCUCCCACCCCUGCAGAGCACAGGAAUCCUGUUGCAGUGAAGCGACCAAAUAGUGCGGUGAAGCAGCAGAAGAAGGACUCCCCUGGUCUGCAACAUCGAGGAGCAGGGCAAGGAGGUCGCAUUCAGGCCAACCCCAAACCAGACCGGCCAGGAUCCAAAGAUACCCGAGGCGCAAAGACUAAAGAUGAUAAGGUAAAGAAAGACACACCUGGAGAUGUAGAACAGAGGAAGUUUGAUGGCGUGGGAUAUGACCGCGACUUGGUGGACUCAUUGGAGAGAGAUAUUGUGUCUCGUAACCCUAAUGUUCACUGGGACGACAUUGCCGAUCUGGAAGAUGCUAAGAAACUGCUAAGAGAAGCUGUGGUCUUACCAAUGUGGAUGCCUGACUUUUUUAAGGGCAUUCGUCGUCCCUGGAAGGGUGUGUUAAUGGUUGGCCCUCCGGGUACAGGGAAGACCAUGUUAGCAAAAGCUGUGGCCACAGAGUGUGGGACUACUUUCUUCAACGUGUCCUCCUCCACCCUCACCUCCAAGUACAGGGGUGAGUCUGAGAAACUGGUUCGUCUACUGUUCGAAAUGGCUCGGUUUUAUGCACCAACAACGAUCUUUAUAGAUGAGAUCGACUCCAUCUGUGGUAGGCGAGGAACAUCUGAUGAACAUGAAGCCAGCCGCAGGGUGAAAUCAGAACUUCUCAUUCAGAUGGAUGGUGUGGGUGGAGCCCUGGAGAAUGAUGACCCCUCUAGGAUGGUGAUGGUCCUCGCUGCCACCAACUUCCCCUGGGACAUUGACGAGGCAUUACGACGACGGCUGGAGAAGCGCAUCUACAUACCCCUGCCCACAGCUGUGGGUCGCGCAGUGCUUCUAAAGAUCAACCUGAGGGAGGUGGACCUGGCUGCUGAUGUGAAUCUGGACCUCAUUGCUGAGAAGAUUGAGGGAUACUCUGGGGCGGACAUCACCAACAUCUGCAGGGAUGCGUCCUUGAUGGCGAUGCGCCGUCGAAUCCACGGCUUGAGUCCCGAAGAGAUCCGAGCUCUGUCCAAAGAUGAGCUGCAGAUGCCAGUGACCAUGGAGGACUUCACCCUCACACUCAAGAAGAUCUCCAAGUCUGUCUCUGCUGCUGACCUGGAGAAAUACGACGCUUGGAUGAGUGAGUUUGGAUCAGUAUAGAGGAAAUGUGGCGAGACCACAGUUCUCGUAGCUUCUCCUCAAGGAGGCGGUAAGAGGUGAAUGUCACAGAGCUGAGUGGAUUCUAGUAUGUGAACCAGACUGCACAUCAGGGAUCAAUAUAAUACAGGGGCUGAAGUUCUCAUCAGAAGAUUGAUGCCUUUGAGACAGUAUGAUGAGAACUGUCAGUGCCCUUUCACAUAUUGUUUUCUCAUCGUUGCUUCGGCACAGCUGUCCAUGACCUGAGGAAGAACAGGUCCCUCAUGUAGGGAACCUUUGAUGUAGAAAGUAGCCUGAAACACUCAGGUAGGACCAGGUAAUGCACACCAGUCUUAUAUUAGGCCUCAUGUAUUGUUGUCCUAAACCCCUUGUACUUUUUCUGUAACACUUCUUCCAAGUCAAAUUUACCAAACUCUUUAAUGGCACAAACUAAAUUGCUCAUAUUGACCUGAUGAAUGCAGCUGUUUACAAGCAGGUGAAUGUUUGUUUGGGAGUUCAUCAUUUGGGUUGCUAUGCAUGUAAGAGUCCCUGUUGUGUUUUGUUUCUCGGCAAGUUUUGUUCACAAAGUGUUUCCAAAGAGUUUCAUACCAUGGAGCUUCAAAUCCUGUUUAAUUAAAAGGCCCAAAGCAACUUGAAGUUCUUAAUAUAGCUGGUAACAACAUGCCAUCAGUGCAUUGUAAGAGAAUCUGUAUAACAAAUACUCAAUUGUUAAAGUUAUCA